UUUCUAUCCUCUGACCUUUUCAUUCUCAUUUCCUCUGUUAGUUUUCUGUUUCAAUUCCUAGAUUUUGAUUGCUGUUCUAUUGAUGAGGUAAUGUUCUUUUGAUUUGAUUCAUUUCCAUAACCUGGAAAAUGAGCCACGGGCUAGAUGAUGUCGACGCUGAUGCCUUGUCUGCUCUGGCCAACGCUCCUCCUCCGUCCACUGCCGGUAACAGGAAAGCACAUUCCCAACAGCUCCGUACCAACACGGGUACAAACUUCAAACGUCAUCCAAAACACCGGAAACAUAGUCUUGAUGAGGCCCGUAUAAGCGCGGCUGUAGAUGGUUUUCAUAAUCCUUCAGACGACGAAGAUGAUCAUGAUUUUUACCCUUAUGCCACCUCAGAUCACAACCAAAAUUACUUUUUACAAGGAAGUAAUAGUAUCAAUAGCAACAAUAACAUUAAUAGUUCAUCAUCUUCAGAUGAACACCCCUUGUCAGAGUUUUCAGCAACCGGGGGUGGGUCAGGCUUUUUUAAAGCACCUUCAAGAUCAGCCGUCCAUCCUGGCCGUCCUACUGCCCUUGAGCUGAGACCCCACCCGUUAAGAGAAACUCAAGUUGGAAGGUUCAUUCGGACCAUUGCUUGUACAGAGACCCAAUUAUGGGCUGGUCAGGAAUCUGGGGUUAGGUUUUGGAAUUUUUGUGAUUCGUUUGAACCGGGAUUGGGGAUUGGUGGACGGGCUCGACGUGGUGAUGAAGAUGCAGCUCCAUUCUAUGAGUCUGCAAACACAUCACCAACCACUUGUUUGACGAUCGAUUGCGCGAAUAAAUUGGUUUGGAGUGGUCAUAAAGAUGGGAAAGUUAGAUCAUGGAAAAUGGAUCAGAAGCCCAUUGAUGAUGCUCCUUUUAAAGAAGGUCUUUCAUGGCAGGCUCACCUCCGUGGCCCAGUUCUUUCCAUGGUGACUUCUUCUUAUGGUGAUAUAUGGACGGGUUCUGAGAACGGAGUGAUAAAGAUUUGGCCAUGGGAAGCAGUUGAAAAGUCACUAUCGUUAUCACCUGAAGAGCGUCACAUGGCUGCCUUGCUAGUGGAACGGUCGUGUAUUGACCUUAAAAGCCAAGCAACUGUUAAUGGGGUCUGUCACAUAUCUUCUUCAGAUGUCAAGUAUCUGUUGUCGGAUAAUGUGAAAUCUAAAAUAUGGGCAGCUGGGUCUCUCUCUUUCUCAUUAUGGGAUGCUCGUACGAGGGAACUUUUGAAGGUUUACAAUGUAGAUGGGCAAAUUGAUAAUAGAGUUGAUGCAUCUACGGAGAGAGAUCAACCACUAGAAGAAGAAUCUAGUGUAAAAGUUGGAUCCAAAUCCAAGAAAGAAAAACAACAAGGAGGUAGUUUUUUACAAAGGUCACGCAACGCUCUAAUAGGAGCAGCAGAUGCAGUUCGCCGAGUGGCAACAAAGGGAACUGGGGCAUUUGCAGCUGAAGAUGCUAAAAAAACCGAAGCACUUUUGCUUGCUCAUGAUGGAACAAUUUGGACCGGAUGUUCAAAUGGUUUACUUGUGCAAUGGGAUGCUAAUGGAACUCGUUUGCAUGAUUUUCAUCACCAUCAUUGCGCGGUUCUUUGUUUUUGCACUUAUGGGCCACGGAUAUGGAUUGGGUAUGUGAGUGGUAUGGUCCAGGUGAUAGAUCUUGAGGGUAAUUUGAUUGCGGGUUGGAUUGCUCAUAAUGGUCCUGUUAUAAAACUGGUAGUUGGGAAUGGGGCGGUUUUUAGUUUAGCUACCCAUGGUGGUAUACGAGGGUGGUACAUUUCAUCUCCUGGGCCUCUUGAUAACAUUUUAAGACCAGAGUUAGCUAAAAUGGAACACAUGUAUAACACACUCGAAACAGUUAAGCUUAUGGUUGGGACAUGGAAUGUUGGACAAGGAAAGCCCUGCCAAGAAGCACUAAUCUCGUGGAUUGGAUCUCAGGCUUCUGAUGUCGAUAUUAUAGUUGUUGGCUUGCAAGAGGUGGAAAUGGGGGCUGGAUUUCUUGCAAUGUCUGCUGCAAAAGAAACCAUAGGUGUUGAAGGGAGUUCUAAUGGACAGUGGUGGCAAGAUGCCAUAGGGAAAGCUAUGGGUGAAGGAUCUACUUUUGAACGUGUAGGAUCUAGGCAGCUUGCGGGCCUGCUCAUAGCCAUUUGGGUAAGGAAGAGUCUUAGAACACACGUAGGGGAUCUUGAUGUUGCAGCAGUUGCUUGUGGCCUGGGUCGCACGUUUGGCAAUAAGGGGGGCGUAGGGUUGAGAUUAAGAGUUUAUGACAGAAUAAUGUGCUUUGUAAACUGCCACCUGGCUGCGCACUUGGAAGCAGUCAACCGUCGGAAUGCUGACUUCGAUCACAUUUACCGAAAUAUAGCAUUUGGGCGAUCAAUCAAUAACGCUUCUGGUAUGCUGCGAUACCUGUUUUUGUGUUGCUCUCUUGCCUUCUCCACAUAUUUAUUUUGGGUGCUUUAUUCUUCCUUUGCCUUGCCAUGGUUGGUGCUCAUUCUUACAGCUGGUGUGUCUUCUACCGCCCAAAUGCUUCGUCCUGCUACCUCUGUGGCUAUCAAUCCUGACGAGGGGAAGCCAGAUCUGGCAGAAGCGGAUAUGGUUAUCUUUUGUGGCGACUUCAAUUACCGACUUUUUGGAAUAACUUAUGAUGAAGCACGGGAUUUUGUUUCUCAAAGGAGUUUUGAUUGGCUAAGAGAAAAGGACCAGUUGAGAGCAGAAAUGAAAGCCGGGAAAGUCUUUCAGGGAAUGAGGGAGGGCCUCAUCAGAUUUCCUCCAACUUAUAAGUUUGAGAGAGGGAAACCAGGUUUAGGAGGAUACGAUUCUGGGGAGAAAAAGCGUAUUCCAGCAUGGUGUGAUAGGAUAUUAUAUAGAGACAACCGUUCUUCACCAACAUCAGAAUGCAGUUUGGCAUGCCCUGUUGUUGCUUCGAUCUGGCAGUACGAAGCUUGCAUGGAUGUAAUAGAAAGUGAUCACAAACCAGUUCGCUGCAAAUUUAAAGUCCAGAUUGCUCAUGUUGAUAGAUCAGUUAGAAGACAAGAAUUUGGGAAAAUAUUCAUGUCCAAUGAGAAAAUAAGAGCCAUACGUGAAGAACUACGGUGUGUUCCUGAAACUUCACUCAGUACAAACAAGAUAGUCCUUCAAAAUCAAGAUACACAGUCUUUAACAAUCACCAACAGAAGCAACAAAGAAGAUGCGAUUUUUCAAAUUUUAUGUGAUGGUCAGUCUGCCAUUAAAGACGGUGAAGAACCAGAGUAUAGGCACAAAGCUUCAUUUGGCUUUCCUCGGUGGCUUGAGGUAACCCCGGCUGUGGGCAUAAUAAAACCCGGGAACUCGACAGAAAUCUCAAUACACCAUGAUGACACAUAUUCUGAAGAUGACCCAGCCUCACAAUAUUGGCAUUCAGAAGACACUCGUGACAAAGUAGUUAUCUUAUCGGUAGUAAUUAGAGGCAGCCGAUCAACUGAAACAAAAAGUCACCAAUGUCAUGUACGCAACUGUUACUCUCCGAAGAGCACAGUGCACCAUGAACCAUCAACAAAAGGUCACGGUUCCAAAAAACAUCUAGGUUCUCAUCACCGAUCUUCCGCUAAGCACUUUGAUAAGGGUGAUGAUCAUCAUCGAAGUAGACACGAACAUUGAAUUAAGCUAGCUAGCUAGUACAGAAUGAAAUAUAGACAAGAAUCUGCUCUGCUACUUUGCUUCUAUUGAUGUAUAUAGUAAAUACUACAAUGCUGAUGCAGUGCCAGAUUAUAAGAUCCUU